AUAAUUUUCUCCGCCUGUAUAGCUCAGGUGGGAUUUAUCCACUGAGCUGUGGAUUUAUCAUCCCCGCUCUGCUGCUGUUCCCCUGAUUCGUCAGCCAAAAUACUCCAGUGUUUUCGGAACCACUUUUACAAAUGACCUGGAUACUUUCCCUGUCGGUGUUGUCAACGGUGCGAGAGACACCUAAAAUCGCAAUCCCAGAUGACGAAGAGGCACAACAAUGAGCGAAGUCCAUGGAGCAGCAUUCCUUCCCGAGGGAGAGAACUGUGUGAUAACCGAUUUUAGUUAUCCUCCAGGUCCAAUAUGGCCGAGGAUUCAGGUGGCGUUCAACGUUGCAGACUUCUCCAAUCAAUCCUUUGUUUUUCUUUCACUUGGCACGAUGGAACUCAAGCCACGUAGCAGGAGCUGGUAUUCGUUACAAUGCCGAAGGGUUCGAAUGCUAAGAAUGGAGGGAAAGGGAAUCUCUACGUCGAUAUCGCUGUGAGGGAAAUCAAGAAAUCCCUGAGUGAGGCCAAAAAUUGGUUUGAGAAAAAUCUUGAUGACUUUGAAAUACCUGGUGGGGUGAAGGAAGCACAGGCAAAUGAUGAAAACAGAGGAGAUUCUGGCAGAUAUAGAAGAAGGAGAGGAAAAGGACUCACUGCUGGCAUAGAAGCUACUUCUAUUGCUUCACCAGUAGAAGAUGGCAGAGAGUACCCAUUGGAUGUGUGGUUCCUAAUCUCAGAGCAUAUAGCACCUGAAGAUGUUGCUAACUUUGCUGGAAUCUGCAAGAGCACUCUUUAUGUUGUGAAUUCUGCAAAGUUCUGGUACACACUGUACAAGAGGUUCUACAAAGAAGUGCCUGGUAUGCCAGAGAGGCUGCUGCCUGAAUGUAUGGAGCGACCUUGUGGAUUACGACCAUGUGUUGUCCGCACAUUGUUUUAUACACAUCCACCCUUCAUUGAAAGGGCUAAACGCAUUGCCUUCCGAGGAGAGCCCCAUGACCUCAUUGGCCUUUGUUGUUCUCUCAUAUGGCACAAGAAAAGACAUUCACAGUUUGAAUUCAACCUUAAGCUGCACAGUGGGCAUGUGAAUGUUGGAGGAGUCCCUGGUCAUCCCUAUUCAGCUCAUCAUUCCAAGCCUCCAGAUCUACUGGAGAUGCUUACAGAUCUCAAUGCCAACCCAGAGCAUGGCUGCAGAGUUCUCCAGGUGAUAUGUGGGACAUUUCACCCCUGCCCAGCUGUCAUGGGCUUGUACCUCAUCAGAGUUUCUCUGACUGUGUCUGCCAACAUGCGACACCACCGGCUGAAACUUGUCUUCAGUCCAUAUCCCUGCAAGAAAUCCAAGCAAAAAAUGGAAUCAGAUGGUGAACAGGUGGUACUAUUUGAUCCGGUGAUAAAUUUCUGCAUACUCAACUGGUGGCAUCCACAGUACCCUGUUUAUGAUUCUGUAAGGGACUCUGUUGAUGAUUCAAGUGACUUUUGAGACUCCUGUAACUUAACUUUUCAGAUUACCUCUCUUCAUUUGAGAUUUGCAUUGAUCAUCUACUUUAGGCUGAACUAAAAUCAGAGGUUCGAAAAGGCCCUGAUGUUCCCAAGUUUUUGGUGUUCUCUUCCCAGAUAUUAAAAAAUAAUUUGAAAUAGAUAUGCUUUAUUUAUGCAGCCCCUAGUCAGCCUACUAUGUUACAAUCUUGCAGAGUUUGUAUCAGGUUGCUAUGAAAGCAUACAUUCAUUAUAUGUUUUUUGUAUGGCUUUCAUAUACCGUAUGCCAUAUGUGUUGCCUAU